UUGGCAUUCCUCAAUCCUGAGUAAGAAAUUAAAGACAAAAAUUUAAUAAGGGGCGGACCGCGGUAUUAGAUAAAAUUAAGGGCCGCGCCGCCGCGGGGAGUGAGCAGAGAUGAGCGGUCCCAGAGGUGGAAGUAACAAAAAACACUCCACCAGAACAAAGCAAGAUGAAGAUCAAGACGAAGUGGAGAAGCUUCUGAGAGCUACAGAAGAUGAUAUUUUACUCAAACUCAGCGUUGAUUCUCACAUGUCCCGUGGCUCUUCUUCUCAUAUUAUUCACCCAGAUCUCGACCGUCGAUUCCAAGCCCUCCGAUCAUCAUCCUCAUCGUCCAAUUCCAAACCAAAGGCCUCUGUCAGAACACCUGAUGCCAAAUUGAAUAAGGAAUUCGAAUCUGUUGUUAAGGAAAAUGAUGGAGAUGGAGAUGAUUUGUUUGCGAGAUUCACUGCUUUGAAGGCCACGCUUCCUUCGUAUUCGAAGGAGAGUGGAAAUGUGGGAAGUGAUGGUGUUGAUGGAGAUGAGGUGGAUGAGGUGAUCCGCUGGGCGAUUGAUGCUGCUGCUCUCGAUCCUUCCCCGCCUUCUGAUGAUGAUGCUACAGAUGCUAGCAGCGAUGAUCAGACUGAUGAUGACGAGGACGAAGAUGAUGAUAUCAAGAAGAAAGACAAGAAGAAGAAAGGGGCGCGGAAAUGAGAUGUAAGAUCAAUUCUGCUGUAAUGUUACCAUUUACCGGAGUUUUGAGUGAAAUUCCAGCUGCAGUUUUUCUUUACA